UGCGACCGCGCACUGUUGCACAUGUCCCGACGUUCAGUCCGCCGCACAUUGUCGAUAAUCACGCGUUGGUGUACGGUACAUCAUAGUUAACAAGACGCACAAUUCUUGUUCUCCGUCCCUGUUUUUUCGCGUUCACUUUGAGCCGAGUAAUAUCGUAAUAAUAUAUUACAAAGCCCGCGGUGAAUUAUAGUGCUGCUGUACUGCGGAGAAGAUCAAGACACGACGGCUGACUUUGUUGCCGCCUCCGUUUAGAGAUGAGCAGUGAGACCAAAUUGUUGAUAGGCAGCGAUAUGAUCGCGUCCAAAGACAUACUCAAUCCUUUCGUACACCAUCUGGAGCUGACUUCCACCUACGACAAAUUUAAAACUGCAUUUUUUACCAUAGUUGUUCUACCCAUAAGGAUACUGGCAAUUUUGGUGUUACUGUUUAUAGCUUGGCUGUUAGCGACGAUUGGUUUGGUUGGUGUUAGUCAGACCGAAUUAUCAGAGAGACCACUUACCGGAUGGAGACGCUGUGUCAGACGUGCGGUGUACGUGGUCGUCCGGCUUAUGUUCGGGGCGGUUGGUUUCCACCGGGUCAGAACUGUCGGCGAGCAGGCCACGCGGCAACAGGCGCCUGUACUGGCUGUGGCGCCGCACUCGUCCUUUUACGACGGGCUGGCAGCCGUCAUCACUGGCGGUCCAACCAUCGUAGCUAAGGAAGAGAACUCGUUCAUACCGAUCGUAGGAAGAGUAAUAAACUUCACGCAGCCUGUGUACGUUCGGAGAGACGACCCAGAAUCGAGACAUAAUACAAUACAGGAGAUAAUUCGCCGUGUAAAAUCUGACCAAGAUUGGCCUCAGAUCCUAAUAUUCCCGGAAGGCACUUGUACGAACCGAUCGUGCCUGAUAACGUUCAAGCCAGGCGCCUUUUAUCCAGCAGUACCUGUUCAACCAGUACUGUUGAGGUAUCCAAACAAACUGGACACCGUCACUUGGACAUGGGACGGUCCUGGAGCAUUGAAACUCUUGUGGUUGACUAUGACACAGCCAACUACAACGGUAGAAGUGGAAUUUUUACCGGUGUACGUGCCCAGUGAAUACGAAAAGCAGAACCCAAAAGCGUUCGCCGAAGGCGUUCGUAACGUUAUGGCCAAGGCAUUGGCUGUUCCAACUGCAGACUACACGUAUGAUGACUGUAGAGUGGCCGUAAAAGCCGGUCAACUGGGUCUGCCAAUGACUUCAAAUUUAAUCACCAUCGAAAGACUUAGAAGUCGGCUAGGGUUGACGCGAAUUAAGAUUGAGGACUCGGCUCUGGUCAAAAACAUGCUGUCGUUUCAGAAUCGAGAGUCUCAACCGGUAGAUUUGGCAGAGUUCGCAAGCAAUUUAAACGUUACCGUUGAGGAUGGUUCACUGGUCAACCUUUUUAAAAUGCAUCUAGAGAAUGAACAGUUGUCGACCAUAGAUUUUAAAAAGUACUUGUUGGCUGAAUAUAUCUUGCAGAAAGCCACCUCCAAAGAUGAUUUAAUUAUAUUGGCUUUUAAGUUGUACGGUGAAUAUUUUGAUAAACAAAUGUUCGAGUACGUGUUGAACCUUGUCUACAAUCUUCCAAAAUCUGAAGCAUCUGUCAUUUACAACGAAAUAACUGACAAGCCGAAUGAAAUAAAAUUGUCGGAUUAUUUAAAUUACGGGAAAAAGUAUCCUGAAAAAAUGGAGUCUUUGCAAAAUCACAGUAAGAAUUCGGCACCCAGAACCAUAACAGAUUUUUCUAGUUGUGGGCAAUCGUUUCAUGGCGCUAUGGACGACGACAAGAAGUAUCAAUGACAUACGGAACAUUCUACAAGUACAAUAGUACCUGUUGCAGACUGAUAUAAAAAUUUAUUUUUAAGGUUUUAUAUACACUAUUUGUUAUACAUGUAUAAUAUAUAAUAUUUUGUUACUUAAUGUGUAUUUAAGGAUUAUUUACAUUUAAGAACUUCCGUGCACUACUAUAAUAUAAUACUGGUUAUAGUUCUCUAAUGAAACCUACAGACGUUUUGAUUGUACAAAAUAUAAAUAUCAUCAAUGUUGCUUAUAUAUGUAUAGUCUAAAAUGUUGGUCCUUAUAUUAUGACAUUAUCUUAUUGAGUAUACCAAUAUUUAGUGCUGUUACCUAUGUCCUAUAUUAUAAAAUGUUUUGUGUGCCUAUAUAUAAUAUAUUUAAUUAAUAUAUUACAUACUAUUAUGAUACUAAUACAAAGUUUGCUACGGUGUCUUUAUCGUGGAUUAGUUAUUUAUUUUUAAACCAUAUUGAGAAAAUAUCGCCAAGUUUGCACCAAUUGAUAUUAUAUACCUAUCUAUUAUGUAUUAUAUUAUUUUAUAACAGCCAAAAUAUCUGGAUUCGCCUGAGAUUUAAUUUCUGUUCUUAUCCUUUGUGACAAACAAUAAUAAUAUUAUUUAUA